AUGGAGGAUAUAGAUUUUACGACAUGGAUGGGCAAACCGCCAGAGAAACCAAGCAGGGUCGACGAGCCCGUGGAAGAUGCCUCCAGCCAACAACUAAAUGCGCAAGUCCGACAGACAGAGCUGUCUCUCUCGGACGAGUCUAGUGAAGCCGGAGAUAUUUUGCACGAUGAUGGGAACGCACACCAGAAAGACUACGGCAGUCAUGUUUCCUCAGAAGAGCCAACCUCGGAUCAAGAAGUUGAGAAUGGUGGUGAUCUGUCAGUCGGCCUAUUCCAAAAGCGUUUCUAUAUCGACGUGCCCAACCUGUCGGAAGAGGAGAAGGAAACGUACGAGUAUCUGCCAGGACAUUUCUCUGUGGACAAGGUACUGUCUGAGCAUAAGAAAAAUACCUAUGUUGUCAGGCUUGGAAGUGGUGAGCAGAGUAUUGUCUCUGCGCGGGAACUUCGAGACCUUGACAAUGGCUACGAUGCAUUGCAGGAGUUUGAAGCUAGUGUUGCCUCGAGCAGAGGCAGACGAGCUUCACGCAAAGACCCGAGCAUGAUAGACUGGACGACAAUACCACUCUCAGAGUCGGAAGAAGAAUCAGGUCCCAAGAGACGUCGUAAACAACACGACAGCGAGGCCUCCGAAGGAGAAGAGGGAGGAGAUCUGUCGGAGGCGGACGAUGAGAGUCUCUCUGGUGAAGAUCUCGUGGAGGGCAGACGCUCUGCAAGACUCAGCAAACUAAGAAAGUCAGCAUAUUUCAACCAAGGACUCCUCGAGCUUGAAGAUGACUCCGACUCUCGUACCACAAAGAGACACGGAAGAUCACGUGCCUCUACACAGCGACCUACAAGAUCAUCUACGCGAGGGAUUGCACAUCCUCAGCGCAGCUCUAGGUUGAGACGCGACUCGUCUUCGGAAGUGGAGCUUCUUACUGGAACACGAAGGUCCGAGCGAACAAAGACCAGACCGAAACGCAGCAUGCGAGAACGCCAAGAAGACGAGAUCUCAAGCUACGAGGGAGAGAAGGCGGGUCCUAAGGUUGUCGGCACGAAGGAGCACUUCAGCCGGAUUCCCGACAACGAUCCUUUCAGGAGAAGACACCGGCAGGAGUGCGACACUUGUUACGUCAAGGGAGACGAUAAUGUUAAAGGGCCUUUGGUCUUCUGCCAGGGCUGCACAAACUCAUACCACAAAGCCUGCCUUGGGUUCCGUGGGACCAGAGAUCAUCUGGUCACCAAGGUUGGCGAAGAUCUGUUCGUCCUGCAGUGUAAGCGUUGCAUUGGGCUUGCCCACGAAAAGGAUGAAAUGGCGCCUCAUCAGGGACGUUGCUCGGGCUGUCGUGAACUGGGGGAAUUAUCGAAACCGUUUCGUGGUCGUUUGACCACUCGUCAAGAGCAACUGCAGAGAGAAGAGAAUGGAGGAAGAGAUCCAAUCACCAUUGUCGAGUCCAAACUCAUUAACAAUGUCGGCAAUGUGAUGUUCAGAUGCUCGCAAUGUGCACGUGCAUGGCAUAUGCAUCAUCUUCCCGACCGCAAGACAGCACAUUCUCUCGAUGACGAGGAGGAAGAGGGUAUGGUAGAUGAUACGCAACUGGCGCAGAAACGCUUUGAGCUCUAUCACCGUUCAUGGAUCUGCAAAGACUGCGUUGAAAAUCAACAUCAGAUUACGACUCUUGUGGCAUGGCGGCCUAUCGAUAUUGACACAUACGCGCCAGGAACUGGUGUGAUGGAGAUCGCGGAAGAUGAUAAGGAGUACCUGGUCAAAUGGAAAGCACAAUCCUAUUUUCGGACCACAUGGAUGCCAGGAGACUGGAUCUGGGGCAUCGCUACGCCAACUAUGCGCAUUGCGUUCUUCAAGAAACCAGAGAACCAACUGCCAAAACUGACGACUGCGGACGCAAUCCCGGAGGAGGUUUACCGAGUCGAUAUUGUUUUCGACGUGCGCUACUCGAGCGUUGUACGCAACAGUACCAAAGAGAUAGACCUCGCGCGUGUCAAAGAGGUUGACUCUGCAUUCGUCAAAUAUAAGGGUCUUGGCUAUGAAGACGCUAUUUGGGAGAAGCCGCCAGCCUACGCCGACACAGAGCGAUGGAAUGAUUUCAAAGCCGCAUACGAGGAUUAUGUGAUGAAAUUGCAUAUGUCCAUACCUCCUCAGACAACACUAAAGCGCCAUCUGACGCAGAUCCGAACGUUGGACUUUGAGACCAACCUAAUCAAAAAGAAACAGCCGACGAUCGUGACCGGUGGAGAGUUGAUGCGUUACCAGUUGGAGGGUCUUAACUGGCUCCUCUAUCAGUGGUUCACUAAUCAAAAUGCCAUUCUGGCCGAUGAAAUGGGGCUGGGCAAGACCAUUCAGCUUGUGGCUUUCUUUGCUACGUUGGUCCAGGAUCAUAAAUGCUGGCCUUUUCUUGUGGUGGUCCCCAACUCCACAUGCCCCAAUUGGCGACGUGAGAUCAAGAAGUGGGCGCCUUCUCUCAGAGUUGUCACAUACUACGGGUCUUCUGUGGCGAGGAAGCUGACCCAUGACCAUGAGUUAUUCCCCAAGGAUAAGGAGGAAGAUUCUCAUGGACCGCCGAAGAAGAAAUCUCACGAGGUUAAGGACAUCAAGGCUCAUAUCGUGGUCGCAUCCUACGAGUCGAUUGUUGAAGAGAAGACUCGGAAAAGUCUGAUGAGGGUGCCCUGGCAAGCCCUUGUUGUCGACGAAGGACAGCGGUUGAAGAGCGACCGGACACAGAUAUACGACAUCCUGUCAAAAUUUCGCUUCCCGUUCAAAGUGUUGUUGACAGGCACACCCCUUCAGAACAAUGCUCGGGAGUUGUUCAAUCUCCUGCAGUUUCUCGACAAGAGCAUCAGUGCCGCCGACCUUGAAGCCAAGUAUGCCAACCUCACACAGGAAAAUGUGCCUGAAUUGCACACUAUGCUUCGAAAAUUCUUCCUUCGCCGCACCAAGGCACAGGUGUUGACAUUCUUGCCUCCCAUGGCCCAGAUCAUUGUGCCCGUCAGCAUGUCGACCGUUCAGAAAAAGGUCUACAAAUCCAUUUUGGCCAAAAACCCGCAGUUGAUGAAGUCGAUCUUUGUCCGCGACAGCAACCUCCCCCAAAAGGAAAGACAUAACCUGAACAACAUACUGAUGCAGCUGCGCAAAAGUCUGUGCCACCCCUUCGUUUACAGCCGUGAGAUUGAGGAAAGAGCGGUUGAUGGUGCGGUGUCGUAUCGCAAUUUAGUCGAAGCGUCCUCCAAGUUGCAGCUGCUCGCCAUUAUGCUUCCCAAGCUUCAAGAGCGUGGACAUCGAGUCCUCAUGUUCUCACAAUUUCUUGACAAUCUGGAUAUUCUGGAAGACUUUCUUGACGGACUCGGGAUGCAACAUCGUCGGCUUGAUGGAAGCAUUUCUGCAGCUGAGAAGCAAAAGCGGAUUGACGAAUUCAAUGCACCAAACUCGCCUUACUUCGCCUUUCUGUUAUCAACGCGAGCGGGUGGAGUCGGCAUCAACCUCGCCACUGCCGACACGGUCAUCAUUCUCGAUCCAGAUUUCAAUCCGCACCAGGAUAUCCAAGCACUUUCCCGAGCUCACCGCAUUGGUCAAAAGGAGAAAGUGCUAGUCUUCCAACUCAUGACGCGAGACAGCGUGGAAGAGAAGAUCAUGCAGAUUGGUCGAAAGAAGAUGGCACUAGAUCAUGUGCUGAUCGAGCGAAUGGACAAGGAAGACGAUGCAGGGGAGGAUCUGGAGUCGAUUCUUCGGCACGGCGCGGAAGCCCUGUUCCAAGAUGACAGCGGUGCGCAUGAUAUUAUCUAUGACUCGGCAUCAAUUGACCGUCUCCUUGAUCGGACGCAAAUCGAAGACACAAAGAUCGACGAGGAGAAAUCGGCCGAGUCACAAUUCAGCUUCGCUCGAAUCUGGGCCAAUGACAAAUCGGCAUUGGAAGACGAUUUGCCGGACCGCACAGGUCAGAGUACGCCUAACCCUGGGAUCUGGGAUAAAAUAUUGCAAGAGCGCGAACGACAGUUUGCUGAGGAGCAAGCCAGGAAAGCUCAGGCAUUUGGACGAGGCAAGCGAAAGCGACAGAACGUCGACUACGGCCUCGGCGACGGCGACAAGGGAGAGCCGGACUCGAGCAAGGUCAAACGUGGCGUCAAGGCCGCAGACCCCGACUACAGAGCCCCAGAGCAACAAUCUGAGGAUGAUGACGAUGCAGAGAUCACAGAAACUGACCUGGAGUCCAAGCCACGACCGAAGGUUCAAGCGCGGCCCUUCCAACGAGUACGAGUUCCCCUUGGACCAGCACCACAUUUCAAUGGCGACGGAGCUUUUGACUUUAGACCGAUCCAUCCGAUGCCGGCGGUGCAUCAUUGCUCUGCGUGCAAUGAGCAGCAUCCCAUGGGUUGGUGCCGGUUGAAGUUGGCGGGUGUUGAACACUGCGGGCUAUGUGGCAUUGCGCAUCUCGGGCACUCUCGAACGUGUCCACAUCUGAACAACGAGACUCAGGUCAUGACCUUGCUACAGACGCUCAAGGAAAGCACAGAAAGCCGGGAACUAAUCGACCAAGCCACGAAAUACCUGCGCAUGGUGAGGGGGGAUCUGGUGCAGCGCAAACGGGCUCGGGAACGCAAAGAACAGGAGACUCAAGUCCAACAAUAUCCUCCGGCGCAACAAUAUCCUCCAGCCCAGUGGCAGCAGCCACUACAAGACGCUGGACCACGAACAUGA